AAAAAAAAAAAAACCUUAAGAGCCUGAUUUGAAGCCCGAACGUGAAGAAGGGAAGGGAGGACUUUCAUGGACUAGCUUCAUUGACUCGAGAGAGGAGACGUCAACGAAAAGAUCUAUUGCAGACCUCAUCAUAUGAACAGCAAGAACUCAUCCCUAGUGUAGGUUUCCAAGUUCCAACCAUGGCUGGCGUCUCAGAGACUAACAGAAUCAUUACUAUAACCAACUCUUCCUUCAACCUCAUCCUCCUUCUUAUGUUUCUUUGCUUCCUCUGUUCUCCCAUCUCUGAAGCAGCAGAAGCCCCCAUUUUCCUUCGGCAAAACUGCACAGGCACCGAAACCUUCGCUCAAAACAGUACCUUCCACUUCAACCUCAGAACCCUCCUCGAUUCCUUAGCUUCCCACGCCACUGGCCACAUCCAAUUCUUCAACAACACCGUUACCACCGCCGCUGUCAGAAACCACUCCGACACCGUCUAUGGCCUCUUCAUGUGCCGUGGUGACGUCCCCCAGGACCUCUGUGAAGAAUGCGUUUUUAACGCUACUCACAGAUUCGGAGCCUCCUCUGGCACGUGUCCGUUUUCCAAAGGGGCUAUACUCUGGUACGAUGAGUGCAUGGUUCGGUAUUCCAACCAGUAUUUCUUCUCAAAGAUGGAGACAAGGCCGAGAAUGCGCCUCAGGAACAUCGGCAAUGUCACCGACAAUGUUAAAGAAAGGUACAUGCGUUUAAUGUAUACAACCUUAAACGAAACGGCAGACAAGGCAGCGAAAGCUCCGAUAGGGGUUGAGAAAUAUGCGACGAAGACAUCCAAUCUUUCUGCAUUUCAGACGCUGUACUGUCUGACACAGUGCACGCCGGACCUGUCUCCCCAAGAUUGCAGAAAGUGUUUGAGUCUUGUGAUUGAGGAUGUUGCGUGGUGCUGCACUUACAGGAUCGGAGGAAGAGUUCUUUAUCCAAGUUGCAACUUCAGGUAUGAAUUGUACCCUUUCUAUAGACAACAGGCUUCAGUGGCUCCGACUCUCGCACCACCAGCACUUGUGAAUUCUACACCUUCGUCGGAAGACAAAGGUAAAAGUGGGAAAUCUUCUGGGACAGUUGUUGCAACUGUGGUUUCAAUUACAGUGGCUGUGCUGCUGUUUAUAGUGGGAGUUUGUUUCUUGAGCAAAAGAACAAGGAAAGAGUAUGACACUGUGGCAGAUGGAAAUUCUGCAAAUGACAUCGCUACUUUGGACUCACUGCAAUAUGAUUUCAGUACUAUUGAAGCCGCCACAAACAAGUUCUCUGCAGAUAACAAGCUUGGUGAAGGUGGAUUUGGAGAGGUUUACAGGGGUAUGCUUCCAAAUGGACAAGAAAUCGCUGUUAAGAGGCUCUCCCAAGGCUCUGGACAAGGUGGAGAAGAAUUUAAGAAUGAAGCAAUGGUGGUUGCCAAGCUUCAACACAGAAAUUUAGUGAGGUUUCUGGGAUUCAGCUUGCAAGGACAAGAGAAGAUACUCAUUUAUGAGUAUAUGCAAAACAAAAGUCUUGAUUACAUUAUUUUUGAUCAUGAGAAGCAAAGACAAUUGAAUUGGAGACAACGUUAUGAGAUUAUCAAAGGGAUUGUUCGAGGCAUUCAAUAUCUUCAUGAAGAUUCAAAAUUUAAAAUCAUACACCGUGAUCUUAAAGCCAACAAUAUAUUGUUAGAUAGUGAUAUGAACCCAAAAAUAUCAGAUUUUGGUAUAGCAAGAAUUUUUAGUAUUGAUCAGACUCAAGGAAAUACUAGUCGAAUUAUUGGCACAUAUGGUUAUGUAUCACCAGAAUAUGCUAUGCAUGGAAAAUUCUCUGUUAAAUCCGAUGUAUACAGCUUUGGUGUCCUCCUCAUGGAAAUUAUUAGUGGAAAGAAGAAUAGCUCUUUCCAUCAAACAGACGGUGCUGUGGACCUUUUGAGCCACGCUUGGAAACUUUGGAAGGAUGAAACACCCUUGGAAUUGCUGGACCCCACAUUGAUAGAAUCUUACACUCCAAAUGAAGUUAUCAGAUGCAUCCACAUUGGUCUAUUGUGCGUUCAAGAAGAUCCAACAGAUAGACCUACAAUGGCAUCUAUAGCUCUGAUGCUUGAUAGUUACUCUGUGACUCUGCCAACCCCCUUGCAGCCUGAAUUUUUUGUCCCCAGUUAUAAUUGAUAUCUAUAUAUAUGGUUAGUUAGUUGUUUUCUAUUAAAAAAAACCAUUUAUCCACCUGUCAUCUGGAUUGUCACUGUGAUCUCUUGUUUGUUGCUAAAAAUAGAGUGCAGCAGAAGUUGAUGUUGGACUCACAAGUGGUAAGAAUGUGAGAUUACCAUGGCAGCUGCAUGAGACAUCUAUGUCUAGAAGUUUGAAUUUUUAGUUUGUAGUUAUUUCUUUGUAUUGAAUUCCUUAGGUUUUGGUUUUUGACUUUUUUCUUGUUUGUUGAGCAUAAGCACUGACCACUGUAUAUUUGAACACGAGUAAUCUUACGCAAGUGAGAAAAAGCAACCUAUGUGAGAUAAUUUCAUUUGAAUAAUCAAUAGUGUUAUUUAUUUA